AUGGUUAAGGCUAAAAAGUGGUCCCAGAAAUUUAGGGAGGAGAUUGUAGCUUUGCACAAGAAAGAGAAUGGCUACAAGAAGACAUCCAAGCUCUUGAAUGUCCCCAUAUACAGUGACACUGUUGGGAGCAUCAAUCGUAAGUUCAGAGCCACUGGUGCUACAGAUACAAAAAAUGGUCGUGGACGAAAGAGGAAGUUUUCAGCAGCUGCAGCAAGGUUCAUGAGAAGACAAGUGGACAAGAACCCCAAGGUUUACAGCAAAGGAGCUGAAGGAGGACCGGCUAAAGGGGGCACAGAGGUUUCUGUGGACACAGUGCACCAAACACUUCAUGCUGAAGGCCUGAGGGCAAGAAUCCCUGAGGGCAAGAAUCCCUAG